AUGGCGCCGCUUAACCGUAUCAUCAUUGAUACUGACCCUGGAGUCGAUGAUAUUUUGGCCAUUCUCUUGGCACUGGCAGCAAAGCCAGAAGAGCUUGAGAUUCUCUUGCUUUCUGUGACUUAUGGAAAUGUGGAAGUUCAGAGUUGCUUACGCAAUGUCGUUGCUCUAUUCCAUGUGAUCGAGAAGGAGAAGGAAUGGCGAAGAGCUCGAGGCCAACUGGAAGGAUUUGAAGCCAUGUCAAGUUCCAAGCCCAUUGUGGCAAUCGGACCUGAGCAUCCACUUGAGGAGACCAUCUUGAUGGCUGAUUAUUUCCAUGGGGUUGACGGACUGGCUGGAGUAUCAACAUCGCACCCCCAUCUUUCGCCAGCCGAUACAUGGAAGACUUUGUUUGAACCUCCCAAAGCUGGCGCCACAGCUGAAGAGACAGCAGCAGCAGCGGAGCUCGCAUCACCAUCGUCUUCAUUCCGGGCAUCUCAACUUCCGGCUCACAAGGAGAUCCUGCGACUUCUCAAGGAAAACCCAGCGGAUACCAUCACCAUCGUCGCUGUCGGGCCACUCACCAACCUAGCGCUGGCCGCUGCUGAGGACACUGAAACUUUCUUGAGGGUCAAGGAGGUAGUCGUGAUGGGAGGAGCUAUUGAUGUUUCGGGUAACAUCACUCCUGUAGCCGAGUUCAAUACUUACGCCGAUGCUGUGGCCACUGCUCGUGUCUUUGCGCUGACAUCGCCAACCCCUGCUUCGACGAUGCCUCCUGCGCCAAAGGACAUGGAACCACUACCUCCGUAUCCUAGCAAGCUGUCAAAACUUCUGAAGCUGACGUUGUUCCCGCUUGAUGUCACGACACCUCAUGCGCUCCGCCGCUCGCUUGUCAUCAACAAGCUACAGCCCUUGAUCCAAGCCGGUAGUCCCCUGGCCGAGUGGACAUCUGCUUUCGUACUUAAGACGCUCGAGAAGAUCGAGUCUCUUACUAGAAAGCAAGCUGAUCCUGGUCUCGAGCUACACGACCCGUUGUGUAUUUGGUACAUGCUCACCCGCUCAGCACCAUCUUGGAUGUCGGCACCAAAGGCCCCAGAGGACAUCCGAGUGGAAGUGUCUGGACAGUGGACCCGAGGCAUGCAUGUAAUCGAUCGUCGGAACAGAAAGAAAGCCGGUGCUCCAGAGCAGCAGAUCAUGAGCCCCGGUGCGGUUGAUAUCAUCAACCCCAUGGAGCAACUAACCGUUGCCCACCCCGAGGCAGAUGUAGAAGAGGAUGCUCCAGGCGACAGCCAUAGCUGGCUACACGUCAACAAGGGGAACAGGAUCAAUAGGAUUGUGUCUUCUCCAGGAGAAGACGCCUUUGGUCCAUAUCUGUUUGAGCGUAUCUUCGGUUAA